UUCUGUGUCACAGGGGCUGCAUAUUCUGGGUGCUGUCACUAACCAGGCAACAGCGUCUCUGCCCUGUGUUGAUUCCUGCCAGCCUUCCUCCUCCUCCUCCUUCUUCUGCUUGCAGGAGUUGUUCUCAGGCCCUGUCCAUGCCCUGCGGUGCCCACUGUGUCCAAGGAGGUGAAGGUGCAAAGCUGCACACUCUUCUGGUCAGUGAAGCAGCCAGGAAUGCCGUGAAGCAGCCUCAGCCUCCAUCCCACUUCCUAGAAGCGAGCGGCAGCGCUGAGAGCGCGGUCUCGCCGGCAGGCCAGGAAGCACCGUCUGUUGCAAUGACUCCUGUAGAUACCGUAACUCGAGCAGGCACAGGGACAGCCCCCAGACCUGGUGCCACCUCUGUAAAGCGAUGUGCUCCGGCCACACACCUCCUUCAGCCGGGCCAUCUGGUGGGAGAGAUGCAGGUGUGCCAGCAGCACAAGAGGAGAAACGUCAUUUGACUCACUGAAGAUUUAAAACCGACAGAGUCAUGUGGGAGAAAAUGAAAUUUUAGUCUCAAGUGGCGGAAUCAAGUCAUAAGAAGUAAAGAGAUUUGGAUGGUUUCUCGCUAAAUGGAAGUUAUAUAGGAGGCCUCUAAGGCCACUGCAUCUCUCCAUCCUGCUCCUGCUGCACAGAGACCACACUCUUGGCCUUGGACGUUAAUAAAAUGUUGGAUUCAGUCAAGUGUGUUCUGGUGGGAGACUCUGCCGUUGGGAAAACAUCUCUCUUGGUCCGUUUCACCUCUGAGACUUUUCCAGAUGACUACAGACCCACUGUAUAUGAAAAUACUGGAGUGGAUGUCUUCAUGGAUGGCAUACAGAUCAGCUUAGGUCUUUGGGACACAUCUGGCAGUGAUGCUUUUAAAGGCAUUCGCCCCCUCUCCUACCAACAGGCAGAUGUGGUAUUAAUGUGCUACUCGGUGGCAAACCAUAAUUCCUUUCUGAACCUGAGGAACAAAUGGAUCAGCGAGAUCCGCAGCCAUUUGCCCCGCAUCCCUGUUUUGGUGGUGGCCACUCAGACUGACCAGCGUGACAUGGGUCCCUACAGUUCUGCCUGCAUCAGCCCUAUAGAUGGAAAGCGGCUGGCCCAGGCUGUGCGAGCCAAAGGCUAUUUGGAGUGCUCUGCCCUCAGCAACAGGGGCGUGCAGCAGGUGUUUGAGUACGCUGUGCGGACAGCGGUCAACCAAGCCAAGAGGCAGAACAGGCGGAAGCUCUUCUCCAUUAAUGAGUGCAAGAUCUUUUGAGGACUGUCAGCAGUGGUUUUG